AUGCCUGAGGUCAUAGAACAUGUACACAAUGUAAAUGAGCCCUUUACAGCCCUAUCACCUGAGGCUCUACCAUUGCUCUCGGAUAUAGGGACAACUCUUGAAAAAUUGUUAGAAGGAACUGAUGAAAUGGACGUGGCUGCAGAUUUAUAUAAUUCAGUAUCCCCAAGUAUUCGAUAUAAAUUUCAGCAACGUCAUCUAUACGGUCUAACAUAUGCUCAAGCUCUGAGGCUCAUAGAAGCUUAUGAAUGUGAGGUGAAUUGUAUGUACCCCAUGUUCCCAAUGGGAAACUUGGAAUCCAAGUUCCACAACAUUUAUGAGCAAUACUGCAUAAAUAAAACACUCACUGCCAAGGAAGAAGAUGAUUUUGCUGAUAUCAAGAUUGCUAUUGCUAUUGGCUCUUCGAUAUCUGGUAUCUCUCCAGGAAGUGGCCAAAGGCUUUACCAAGAUUUUAUGGCCAGGAUUGAAGGAAGAUUACUUUCAAGAGCAGCAGAUCUUAAUACCGUGGUAUCUUUGCUCAUGGUACAUUCUUAUCAAUUUCUCAGCGAUCUUGGGUCGCUUGCAUACAGAUCCCUGGAAUUUGCCAGUGUCUUAGCACUGGAACUAGGGUUACACAAGACUCAGAAACUGGAACGCUUGUUUCUUGACUUCGAAUCUCGAGAACGCGGAAGAGUUGUGUUCUGGUGUCUAUAUGUUUUGGAUAGACUACAGUCAAUAUAUUGCAAGCGACCGUAUAUCUUGAAUGAUGUACAUAUUGACCAAAAAUAUCCUCAAUGUUUUGACAAUCAAGGUAAUGGCACGAGCAUGGACUCUGUUCAAGAAGCCUCGUCUGACGAUGAUCUGUUCCGUUCCAUGUAUCUGAACUAUAUGAUUCGCUACAGUAAGCUAUCUGGUGAACUGAUUAGUGCGCUUGAACAGAAUCAGCCGGAUUCGUUUGGCAAUAUUCAGCACUUGAUAUUCUUAAUGGAGCGAUGGAGGACAACAUUACCCCCAGAGCUGAACGUUCACGCCGAAGACAAUGAGGAUCUCGUACAUAAAGACCAACAAACUCCAAUUGGAUCACGAAAGUUGAGAUAUGUUGCUGAUCUACGGCCAAGCUUAAUCCUACUCCAUGUGUAUCAGUCCUGUGAUAUCAAGAACUAUAUUCAUCCAGCAAUGAAUACGUCCUGUGAAUGCAUACGAGAGCUUGGACGACUCUAUUUUAACACUGACCGUUAUUCAUCAUGCGAAACUCAGUAUAACCAUGUGCUUGUGGCUGCUCUAGAAGUGCUUUAUACUUCGCUAACGUGGGCUCCACAGUAUGCCAAAAGUUGCAUGCCAGAGAUCAAACUUGCCCUCAAGAUUAUUAGCUUAAUUAUGAAAAGUUCCAAUAGUCAUCGUCGUGAAGGUAGUAUUUGGCAGCUCCUCAUGACAUUCUCUCUAAAGUUCGGCCUCUACUCGCCAUUCGGUGCAGCAAAACUCUGCGACUCAACGAAUGCUUCUUCUCGGGAAUUCCUAAUUACAAACCUCAUCUCUGAACUGGGUGAUUUUACGUAA